UUCUGAAAGCGAGAGGUGGAUUCAGCCGGAUGCCCGAUUCUGGAUAUCUUACUUGGCUUAACGAGUUAGAAACCAAACAAAAAUCUGUGUUUGAUUUUUGUUGUUACGGAAGUACUUUCGUUCUGUUAAUACCGAUUUGUUUGGAAGGUCGUUUUGGCCACGGAAUUGCCUGCUAGCCGUCUUGCUCAUUUCAAAUAGGGAGAAAAUGGCAGACAACAGUACAGAACAAACAGCUGAGACGAAGCAGGACAACAAUGCUUCUUCUGGGAAUAACGUUUCAGACCAAGAGAAGGAGCUGGCAGCCAAUGCAUAUGAAGCGUUUUCGUCUGGAAACUACGACGACUCGUUGAAGCACCUUGAAACCCUUCAGGAGCUGAACAAGGAGGAUUACAAAAUAGCAAUGAACAAAGCCAUAGCAGAAUUUUACAAAAGCGGCCAAACAACCACAGACACCUUAAAGCAGACGCUUUUAGCUAUGAAAAAUCAGGUUCAUACAGCCGUUGAAGACAUUGAUGGAUUGGAUGAUGUUGAAAAUAGCAUCCUUUACUACAAUCAAGCAAUCAUACACUAUCAUAUGAGGCAGUACUCCGAGGCAAUUCUUAUUGGGGAAAAGCUCUACCAGUUUUUAGAACCUUUUGAAGAGAAGUUUGCCCAGGCCGUGUGUCUGCUGCUGGUGGAUCUGUAUCUGCUCACCUUCCAGCCUGAAAAGGCCCUGCAUCUUCUGGCUGUGCUGGAAAAACUCACUGUUCAGGGCAACAAUAAGAACGGCAAGGUAGAGGCUACCAACAAUGUUAACAAAGAUGGUGCCAAUCAGAAGGCUGACUGCAUUGCUGUGAUUGAAGCUGCAAAGUCAAAAAUGCACCAGUAUAAAGUCCGAGCCUAUAUUCAGAUGAAGUCACUGAAGGCAUGCAAGAGGGAGAUCAAGUCUGUGAUGAACACUGCAGGAACUUCUGCCCCGUCCCUCUUCCUGAAGAGUAACUUUGAGUAUCUGAGAGGAAACUACCGGAAAGCAGUGAAGCUCUUAAACAGUUCCAAUAUUGCAGAGCACCCUGGAGCUCUGAAGACAGGCGAAUGUGUGCGCUGUAUGUUCUGGAAUAAUCUGGGUUGUAUACACUUUGCCAUGGGGAAACACAACCUGGGCAUAUUCUACUUCAAGAAGGCCCUGCAGGAAAAUGACCACACGUGUGCGCAGCUAGGGCACGGCAGCAAUGGCCAGACAAAGUCAUUCUCUGGAGUUCCCAUGUGCGCCCUCCUGGCUAACAAGCGGUACGAGCUGCUGUACAACUGCGGGAUCCAGCUCCUGCAUCUAGGCCGCCCCCUGGCCGCGUUUGAGUGCCUGAUGGAGGCCGUGCAGGUGUACCACUCAAACCCGCGCCUGUGGCUCAGGCUGGCAGAGUGCUGCAUCUCUGCCAACAGGGGGAGCUCAGAGCAGGAGAACAAGGGUCUGCCCAGUAAAAAGGGCAUAGUCCAGUCCAUUGUGGGCCAAGGCUACCAUCGCAAGAUCGUUCUGGCCUCUCAGUCCACGCAGAACACAGUCUACAGUGAUGGGCAGUCUGCAGCCAUCCCUGUGGCCAGUAUGGAGUUUGCUGCCAUCUGUCUGCGGAACGCAUUGCUCCUCUUGCCAGAGCUGCAGCAGGAGGUGAAGAGUGACUCCGGCUCCAAGAGCUCCAGCCUCUCCGGCAGCACAGAGAGUGGCAGCGAGAACAGCGAAGCCUGCAGUGGGAAGGGCUCUGAUGGGGACAAGCUGAUUCCUGCCCCGCCAUCCUCCCCCCUCAGGAAACAGGAAGUGGACAAUCUGAGGUGCUCCAUCCUGGCCUGCAGUGCUUAUGUAGCCCUGGCACUGGGAGACAACCUGAUGGCCCUCAACCAUGCUGAGAAACUCCUUCACCAGAGCAAGCUGUCUGGGUCCCUCAAAUUCCUGGGUCACCUGUAUGCAGCAGAGGCGCUGAUCUCUUUGGACAGGAUUUCAGAUGCCAUCGCACACCUGAACCCUGAAAAUGUCACCGACGUGUCUCUGGGGGUGUCGUCCAGUGAGCUGGACCAAGGAUCUGACAAAGGGGAUCUGGAACCAGUAGAGUCCUCUGGGAAGCCGACCCCUGUGUGUUACCCCAGCACUGUGAGCUCCGCCCGUGCCAUGAUGCUGUUUAACCUGGGCAGCGCCUACUGUCUGAGGAGCGAGUACGAGAAGGCCCGAAAGUGUCUACACCAGGCUGCUUCUAUGGUUCAGACCAAAGAAAUUCCCCCAGAGGCCAUACUACUUGGGGUGUAUCUGGAGCUGCAGAAUGGAAACACACCGCUGGCCCUGCAGAUCAUAAAGAGGAAUCAGCUCCUACCCUGGGUGAAGUCGUCAUCUCCCGACGUACGGAAGAAACCAGCCACAUUCCAGCCUGUCCAGCCCAUCCAAAUGCCCUCGUCCUUCACACAGGUUCAGCGCAAAUGAUCCGAAACCAGCUCGCCCAUCCCUAGUCGGACCCCCAGCCAUAUUGUGCUAAAGGUGGUGACUGAUCCAGUGUCAGCGCUUGGGUUGAAAAGUCUGUCUGCAUCUCCCCCCCCAGUGUCCACCCAGUGGCCCCUUUACCUCGCACGUGUCAUUUAUAAAUCCCCCCCCCAGAACUCCCCCUAAAAA